AUGGGCUUCGACAAGAAGGCAUUUCUCGCCGCUUUCCGCGCGAGCAACACCAAUGACUCUGAGAAAGAGCCACCUCCUCCCUACCAAGAGCAGGAAGAUCGUCCAAGCCAUGACGAGAGCGGUACAACGCCCGCAAAACCUCCGCCUGGCUAUGCCAAGACAGAGGUCAACUCCGCGCCCACGGAGAAGGGAAAACAACUUAGAAUAGUGGGCUUUGAUGCGGCAAAACGACCUCCGAUCCCCACGACUGCAGCGUAUCUCUUACAAAAGGACGAGGAAAGCAAGAAAAAGCUACAGGCAACAGUCGACGGCUUUUGUGGCGCACCGGAUCCCGGCAUGUUUGAGUUCGAGCUCGUAUGCCUGCUCUGUUUCGAGUACGAGACGGAAUGCUUAUGUUCUAUAUCACACCCGAAGACGACCGCUGACCCAUGGCAAAUACCCCAAAUACAGAAACCGAAACGGUCACUCAGGUUUCCAGCUAAGUUGGCGACGGAAAUCGGGGAUAAACCAGCUCAUCUAUCAGCUGCCGUAGCCCAAUCCCUCUGGCCUGCCAUCACGCGCGGCAUGAUUCCCAUAUUCAACGACAACUCGCUCGUCGUGUUGCGAUCGCGAAGUCUCGAGCGUACGCAAGACCCAAAAGAGAUCCUGCGAAACAUGGUUAACCCCGUUUCCACCUUACUAUCAGCUGUGAAAUGCCGAUGCGGGUGUCAAUUGGAGAUAUGCAAGAAAAUACGGUCCAGAUACGGACUCGAGGGCAAAGAAUCAAUCGAAGAGUGUUCGGUGACCUCGUACAAAGUGCGCACCCGAACAUUCAAUGCGGUACGCUUGCCAUACGGAAUAACAUGCUUCGACCUGUCUGAUAUCGGCCUCUAUGAAAUAAAAACCGUCGAUGAGGAGGAUUUUCUUUUCUACUGCUCUAUACUGCCAACAUUUUGGAAUGUCUACCCUUCUCCCAAGCCCAGAAACGAUCCAGCAGACAUCAACUGGCACAUGGUUCUAGAAAGCCUCCUUCAUGAGACGUUGACACUUCAGAACAAUCGAAUGUCGAGGUAUGAGAUCUUGCCCAUUAGAGCCAUGUGUCAUAAGGACGGCUUAACACGAGCUGUCAUGCGGGCAGAGAACUUCGCCGCGGGGCCGGGCUUCCUCAUUAUGGAGACGCCGUCGGCUCCAAGCAGCCCGAAGUACAGCAUCAUUGAUUGCGGAUACUCCCUUCGUCAUGUUUCGAGCAUCAACUCCCCCAGGACAGCCGAUGCAGACGCAUUUAUGUCACAAGCAACCUCGGCCCAGCCCAAGUUUGGGUCACUGGAUACUGUCAGUGUAGGUAAGGGAUGGGGAAGCCUGUCCCUUGAUCCCGGAUCAGAUGGACAUCUUUACCUAAAGAAGAGAUAUGGCCCCUUCAUUAAAAGAACCAUGGUAGGGCUGCCACGAAGGGGUUGCCCGGGGAAGAUGUGCAACGGAAGCUGUUCUAGAAAGAAGGCUUCCACAGGGGCGUAUUUUGCCGGCUUCGCGCCACCCGCAAUGGAGCCGAACCAGACAACUGUCUACGUUCUUGACAAAGACCCGUUGGCAUGGGUGGUGAUAUCCCAAUGGGCAUCUUCGCACCCGAGGCCUUUGAUAUUCGUAAACCACAAGCAAUGUUUGGUGUGCACGAUUUUGGAUGCCCCCGCGGGGAGUAUCAUUGCCUCUGGGCUGCCCCCAAUAGCUUUGUUUGGGGUGAUGAUUACUUGA